AUGUUCUCCUUCAUCGUCCUGGGGCUCUUCAACUCGACCAUCGGCGUGAUCCUGCAGCCCAUCUCCAAGCACUACGGCCUCAGCGACAUCCAGGUAUCCUGCAUAUUCCUCGUGGGACCCGUCGGCUACACGCUGGCUGCGCAGUGCAACUCGCUCAUCCACUCGCACUUCGGCCAGCGUGGCAUCGCGGUCAUCGGCCCCGCGUUCCACGUCCUCGCGGCGCUUGCCAUCGCGUGCCAUCCGCACUUCGGCGUCGUGCUCGUCGCGUAUGCGUUGAUUGCUGUGGGUACGGGCUUGCUUGAUGGGUCAUGGUGUGCGUGGGCGGGCAGCGUGAGGAAUGCGAAUACGGUGUCUGGGUUGCUGCAUGGGUCGUACUCGGUCGGGGCGUCGGCGGGGCCGUAUUUCUGUGAUUUACUCAUGACGACGGGGGGGAGGCCUUGGUAUCAAUGGUAUUCUGCUUUGGCAGUGAUCUCAAUCACAGAACUCAUUGUCCUCCCGCUCGCCUUCCGGAGACAGAAUGCGGCGAAAUAUCAUGAGUCCAAGAACGCUUCCUCAUCGCUCACGGGCAGCCGUAACACCAGGGCGAUGUUCAACUACGCAGCAACGUGGGUGUCAUCACUCUACUUUCUAGCCUACGUUGGCACCGAGACGGCAAUAUCUGGCUGGCUCGUGUCAUACAUGACGCGGGACCGUCACGUCUCGCCCUCGUUUGCAAGCCUCUCGGCCUCCGGAUUCUGGGUGGGCAUGGCAAUAGGCCGUCUGGCAUUAGGAACGGUGACGGACAGGAUCGGCGUGAGGCGCGCAACCACUGGCUACCUCCUUAUUGCUAUUAUGCUAGAGUUGCUGUUCGCCGUCGUACGGAAGCCGGCAGGAGCAUCCAACGUGCUGGUCGCCCUGCUCGGCUUCUUCAUGGGCCCCAUGUUCCCCUCUGGCAUCGUGGUGCUGGCUCGACUGCUGCCGAGGGACCUGCACGUCGCCGCCGUAUCGUUCGUAGCGUCGCUGGGCCAGGUCGGCGGCGCGCUGCUCCCGUUCGCCAUCGGCGCCUGCGUCCAGGGAUGGGGCAUUGGAGUGUUUGUGUAUGCAAUCAUCGUUUUCACUAGCGUUGCUUUGGCGCUGUGGGUCGCAUUCUCGAGGUUGCCACGUACGGGGGCUUCGAGUGUAUUCGUGGGGAGAGAAUGA